AAGUCAGUUCCUAACAGUCAAACUGACAGUAUAAGGUAGUGACUGAUAGCAUAUAAAUAAGAGAGAAUAUCAACUGUCACACAAACUAAUAAGUUAAAAAAAUGAAGAAGUGGUUUACAGCUAGAAAAUCAUCAAAGAAAGAAAGACAACCCCAGCAGCAACCGGAGGCUAGGGACAAGACUGACGCUGUGACAUACCACCACACAGGAACAAAUGAUAAAACCGCCAUCAGUAGAGAACCUCAUGAAAUCAUCAGUAAAGAGCCUCAUGAAAUCAUCAGUAAAGAGCCUCAUGGAAUACUGAAGGAGGACAAAGGGACGCAAACUGAGCCACAAGAAUUAGAAGAGACUGACUUUGUAGCCUCACCUCCUCCUACAGCAAACAAAUAUAUGAAGAGAGCCCCUUUCAGAAAGUAUCAUUCGGUUGACAGAGUAAGACACAUGAGGAUCGAAAGAGUUUCAAUAGGAGACUCUGAAGAUGAUGAUGAUGAUGAUACUCAGAGGAUUAAUAUCCACUACACAAUGAACCGUCAGACAUUGUCGCUUCAAAACUUCAGACACCAAGCCGAACAAAUAUCAAUGGAGAACGAAGACUUAAAGCUGAAAGCCGAAAUGAUCUUGUAUAAGAAACUAGUCACCAACUUCACAGUCUUCAUGAUGAACAAGUCCGUCACUGCUGCUGAUCUCGGAUAUCGGGAACUACAAAAGAAGCAGACACACUUACGGUGCAUUAAACUCUGGGUUGACCAUAAAAUACCAGAGGGUGAGGUGAAAAGAAAGAGCUACAUACCAAAGAUGAUUGACGGGUGCCCAGUUGAUAAGGUUAUUGGUAACGGGCACCUCCUAGGGGCCGAAGAGGAAUGGCUAGAGGAGUGUCGUAACAAGAGACGUUGGGGGAUCAUUGAGAAUAAAGCAAAGGAAAAAGCUGAAUAUAGAUUCAUUACAACUCUGUAUCCACCAGUCAAGGUAAAAGCAGGAGAAAGCAUUGGUCAGUGCAAUAACCCGUAUGUCUUGGGGACGAUCGGUUUCAUAUUGACACAAAACUCAAACAUCGGGAUACUGACAGCCGGUCAAAUUGCAGGCAGCAUAGGAACAAGAAUAGUGAGUCCGGGAUUACGAGAGGGAGGUGGCGAAAGAGACAUUAAAAAUCUAGCCAUUACAACAACACUGGUAGUCUCGGAAGAAGUGGACUGUGCUUUUGCAAGGAUGCUAAACCCAGUACACGCACUAACUACCAGUAUUGAUGGAAAGGGGAUCAUUACUGGUACUGGCAAAGCACAAGUCGGUGAUCUAGUCAAAUUCAAGGGAGCCAGUACAGGAAAGGUCCAGUUUGCUUAUGUGAAGUGUAUCAAUUGGGAGGGUGAGAUUGACGGGAUGAUGUGGAAGAAUCAGAUACAGCUAUCAAUACCCGUAGUCCCAAGUGAUGCAGGGGCUGUGAUAGUAAAGGAGUCAACCAAUGAAGUGGUUGGACUGUUAUUUGCUAAUGCUAACAAGACAGCACUGGCAAAUCACAUAGACACUGUACUAGCAUCACUGAACGCUCACAUUAACAAUAUAAUACCACAUAAUACUCUUUAAUAAUA